UCUCACUCCUCACUGUACAAUGAAUUCUCCAUUCACCUACGCCGUCGACGACAACGACCUCGACGACGCCGCCUUGUGGGCGGUGAUCGAUUCCGCCGCCGCAGCCUCCAUCUCCGCCAGAACAACCACCCUAGCCACAGUCAAGCACUGUAGACCUCCUCCUGUCAAGCACUCUCCCACGGUCCCCUUCCCUAUCCCCUCUCCCCAAACCAAGCCCUCCAAAAACCCUAGAAAGCACCCUCACCCCGACGGCGAGGUCCUCAAUCAACACUCGAAGAAGAUAGCAAUACGGCCGGCCUCUUCGUGUCUGAGCGAGGAAGGUACGCCGCCUAUGGCAUUGGUGAAGCACGCGCCACGCGCAGCGAGUACGCCGGUUUAUUAUUCGCCGCCGGAAACGAGGUCUUCCGUGACGGAAUACGGUUACCGUAAUAAUAGUCCCGGUGGUUCGGAGUGUUCUCCGAUGACGACGAUGAGCAAUGGAAGGUGUGAUGAGAGAGGUGGAAUGAUUAGACAUAGCUUGUCCGGUCAGUUUCCAUCUGUGUCGCUUUUCAAGGAGUACCAAGAUGCAGCAAUGGCGAUUUUGGAGAAAAGUGAUUACACAUUGAUUUCAGGAAGCCCUUACAUUAAAAAAUCAGGAUGGAGGAAAAUAUCAUUUUACUUCAACCUGUCAUAUGAAAUUAAAGACAAGACCAUUGAAUUUGAUGAUAACCGUAAUGUUCUGCGAGCUGAAUUUGUGGUUCGGGCAUAUAUGCAGGGUGGUAGGUUUUCAGAUGGAUGGGGUUCAUGUGAGCGGCGUGAGAAAAGAUUUAUGAAACCGAAUCAUGACAUUCCUAGUACAGCAGAAACCAGGGCCAAAAACAAAGCUUGCCAGGAUCUGCUUGGAAUUGGAGAGUAUCGACCUGGUGCCAGCCAUUCUCAUAAGUAAGAAUUUUGUGUUUUUCCCAGAGUGAUUACUGCUGUUGUGACUAAUCUGUGUGAACCUAGAAAUCAUAGGCUCCUGGCUCAUGAGCCUCUUAACUUCAUUAUUUUCACACUUAAACAGUCUUACUUCAAUUCCUGUUUGUAUCCAAGUGGUUUUCUUAUAUUCAUCCAUUGACAUUCCCACUCUUGAAGUCA